AUGGCAGGCGAGGCUGGCGCACCGGGGAGUUCCCUUUCUCGAUCGGGCGGCAAGUCCAUCGCCGAACUUCUGGACGAUACGCUUGUCUCUCAACUCGAGGAUACUCACAUCGACGAUGAGGACGACACGGACGACGGUGAGGCCAAAAAGAAGAAGAAAAAGAAGAAGAAGAAGUCCAAAGCCAAGGCUCCAGUUGUCAAGGAAGUGACAGCCGACGAGCUCGUUAACAUUGUGCGGGGCAACAUGAGCACGACACAGUCUGCGGGAGCGAGUAAUGACGACAUCAGAAAGGCGCUGCAGGCUGCAGAUCUCAUGAAGCUGUUGGAGGGUCACCUUGGCGGGCCUCAGGCCGCUGCAGAGCAUAAGUUUUGGAAGACACAGCCCGUGCCCCAGAAGGAGGAGGACCAGGUUAAGGAGGGUGCGAUCGACGAGCACAAAACCCCAGCCGACGUGCAACAAGACCCAAUCGCACUUCCAACCGGCUUCGUGUGGAGCAUCGUGGAUGUCAAGCAGGAUGAGGAGAUCGACGAGGUGCACAAUCUUCUGACAGAGAACUAUGUCGAGGAUGAUGACGCCAUGUUCCGCUUCCGCUACUCGCGCGAGUUCCUUCUCUGGGCUCUCACGCCACCAGGCUACUACAAGGAUUGGCACAUUGGAGUCCGCGUGCAGAAGACGGGCAAGCUCGUCGGUUUCAUCUCAGGCAUCCCUGUUGAACUGCGCGUGCGGAACAACACAUUCAUGAACGCUGAGAUCAACUUCCUGUGCGUGCACAAGAAGUUGCGCUCGAAGCGUCUCGCCCCCGUUCUUAUCAAGGAGGUGACACGUCGAGUCAACCUCCAGAACAUCUGGCAGGCGAUCUACACCGCCGGAGUGCGCAUUCCUACGCCAUUCAGCACGUGCAGGUACUAUCACCGUUCCCUAAACCCGGCCAAGCUCGUCGACAUUGGCUUCUCGCCGUUGCGAAAGGGCGAAACGAUUGCCCGACUUGUGCGCAAGUACAAUCCAGGGGAGCAGACGAAGACUCCGGGUUUCCGCGAGAUGGUGUCCGCCGACGUGCCGCAGGUCGCUGCUCUGCUGCGGCGAUACCUUGGCCGCUUUGACUGUGCGCAACUGUUCAACACGGAUGAGGACGUUGAGCAUUGGUUCAUAUCAGGCAUGGGUAAGGAGGUUAAUGGCAAGCGGGAAAACCAGGUUGUGUGGGCAUAUGUUGUCGAGGACCCAACAACAAACCUCAUCACAGAUGUGGUGUCGUUCUACACGUUGCCGUCGACAAUCAUGCAACACCCGAAGUACGACUGCCUCAACGCUGCGUAUAUGUUCUACUACGCUAGUGAUGUCGUCUUUGCUCCUGGAGCUUCGUCCGACGACGCAUUCACGCAUGACCUCAAGACACAGAACCUUCUCGAUCGACGUCUGAACGCCCUCGUCACUGAUCUCCUUGUGAUGGCGAAGAAGCACGACUUUGAUGUUGUCAACGCCCUUACGCUGCUGGACAACAACGUAUUCUUGGAGGAGCAGAUGUUUGGCCGUGGUGAUGGUGCUCUCGUACGUGGCAGUCGUGAAGAUCUGAAGUUGUUGCUGACAUCAAACUCUACUUGGCUGUACAGAAUUCUCCUCACAAACGGUACUGACUGCUCUGACUAG